AUGGCCAAGUUUCAGCAGAUGAUUGCCUCCUCACCCACCCCUGUGCUGGUGGACUUCUUCACGCAGUGGUGCGGCCCCUGCCACCAGCUCAACCGCAACAUGAAGGCGACUGUGAUUGAGCCUGUCAUGAAGGACCGGGUGAAAUUCGAAAAGAUCGACACGGAGCAACACCCCGCCGUGGCCGACCACUUCCACAUCCACAAGCUGCCCACGCUGGUGCUGUUCAAGGACGGCCAGGCGGUGGAUCGCGUGGAGGGGCUCAUGUCGGCGCAGGACCUGCAAAUGUACCUGCUCAAGCUGCUCAAGUGA